GAGUUGGGUGCACUAUUGGCAGCAGGUGGAGGAGGAGGUGCCCACUGACCAGCAGCUUGUCGCCGACAGAGGAGCCCGUGUUGCGGUGACGAAUGAGGAGUUGUUGCACGCUACAGAGAGGAUGCGUGCCAUGUCCCGCAUGGGAGCCGCUCGUCGUUUGCGAGAGUCAGACAGGAGGAGACGUCAUGGAGGUGGUCGCGGAGGUGGUCGUCAGGCCGGUCGUGGGCGAGGCGGGCGUGGAGGUCCUGACAGGAGGAGGAGUGUCGCCAGUCGUGGUCGUUGCGAAUCUGUGGCAAAGCUAUGAACAGGCGGACCAGCUUGUACGGAAGCCUCGCCAACGAUGGGACGAGGGAGACUUUUUGUACGAGAGCUCGUCGAGUGACGAUGAGGAUUUCUUCGGCAGUGGCACGCCUGCACAGGAUGGCGACAGCGAUUUCGACGACCGUCACCCGGACGUGGACGACGAUGACGGCUUCAGAGGCCAUGAUCGUGGUGAUGGGGGAGAUCGGCCGCAACCCCGCUCGACACAGAGAGACGACGAUAGAGCGCUUGACGAGGGAGCGGGACAUUGCUGUGUUGAGGGUAACGCUGAUGCAGGGAGCGGUGCAAUUGCCUCGAGACCUGCAGACGGUGACACCAUGGACGUCCAGAGGGCGGGAGGCGAGCACCGUACAACCUCGGACAGGGUGCGAGAUGGAGCGACUGAUGGUUGUGCAGGACUUGUGGACGGCGGUGGCUUGAGGCGCUUGAAGCGCGGACCCAGGGAACAAGACACUAUCGCUUCCCGUGUGCGCAGACGUCAUGGCGGGGUUCCCGACAUUCCAAAAGCAGCAGUCCCACAAUUUGAGCAGAUUCUUGUUUCAGAGGACUCUUUGAGCGACCAUGCCGACGAGGAGCGGAUGAAGGUGAUUGACGGGACCGGUCGUGCUGGAAGUGACACUUUCAGUAUGCACGCGACAGCUCCGACGGGGUCCUCGGCAGCAACCCAGGAAUCGGAAUUGGAUUUGGGACCGUCGAUGCGUCAUCCCGAGUUGAAGGGAGACAACGGUGUUCUCCCGGUGAUGGACGACAAGGGUUCUGCUCAUUCAAUGCAUCAGCUCACUUCUGCUGGAGCGCCUGCAUUGUCAGUUGUAGCAACCUCCGAUGUGCGACUACCGCCGCCAGCGGCGGAGCGAGAGACUGUGCCGCCGACUCCAAGUGCUUUGGAUGAUCAUCCCAAUGUAGGCAUGGAGGGGGUUGAGAGGCAGCAACCAAGCAUACAGGGAGCCGAUGCAGUUGACACUGUGUCGCGGCCAUCGCGUGUAUUGACGGAGGGGAUUGCUGAUGUGUGUUUAGGCGACGAUCUCCCGGACGUGGUCGUCUCACGCACUCCCGCCGCUGAGCAUAUCGCCGUUGCCCUUGUCGGCCUGGAAUGCCCCACCGACAGUCUUCCUGGUACCACCGAUUUACUGGCCAUGGACUCGGCGCUCGCCUCGCUCCCGGACUUGUCGACGUUGAUAUCUCCGGGUUUGCCCCACGUGCCAACGCCAAACCUGCAACAACCUGUCGCCAUGGAAAGCGCACCAGGCGCGUUUGACGAGUUUGGAGGCGAUACGAUUGUUUUUGCCACGCCCACGAUUUUUCGUGUUGGCAGGCCACAUGAGGUGGACCUUGGGAAGGCCGAGACGGCUACUCGACAUCACCGCGGCGGUCACCGCAGCAUCGCACACCGCAGGUCCGAUUCCUUUGGCGUUCCUGAGGGAGGGUGUGUAGGCAGGGCAGAUGACGCAGCGGGCAGAUCAGCAAGACCCUCAAGUCCGCCGUCGAGAUCAGAGCAUCACCCCGUUAGCGGUACUUCCGGCGAAGUCACGGGCGUCCCCGCCACGGACACCAUGGACCCCACACGACAGCCUGCGGUCGGGUCCUCGUCCACAGCACGGCGCGACAGAGCCACUGUUUUGCCGACAGUGGCAUUCUAUGCCACUGAGGGGAGUGCUGGGGGGUUGGACGAGUCGAGAGCCCGAAUUGCAGGCAGACCCUCCGCACCCUGUAUGGGGACACGAUCCAUCGGGAGUGUCGACGGUGCUCGCCACACCGCCAUGUCAGAGUAUGAGGACCGACAUGGGAGCGCCUUGCCGACGAAGUCCUCUGAUGUCCAUGCUACGAGGGUCGCGAAGGCGAGUCUUUCUCGAGCGAGGAAGAAGGCUUCGGAAAGGACGGCGUCACUCUCGUCGCCACAUAUGCGAUCCCACAUUGGGCAAUUCGGUGUUGCGCCUCUCAAGGACGGAGAGAUUGCACCUAAUGGCGCUGCGUUGGAUGUUGGAGAGAGGCCUGCGGGGGCGGACAACGUCUGCAGGGAUGGUGCAGUCACUGUAGGACAUGCAGUGGCAGGUUAGAAGAGAUGUGGCAGUGUACUUACCGUCCACGACGACAGCACGGAUGUUGCCCCGGGAGAG